UUCGGGGGCGCGUGGAUGGAGCCUGGCGGAGGCGCCAACGGCAACGUGAUCGGCGGCAACGGCAGCUUCUACUACUACUCCAGCUACGGGCGGGCGCCGGCGGCAGCGGGCGGGAGCCAGGCCGCCUCGGCGUGGGAGGCCGAAGGCGCCGCCGAGCCCGCUGCCCCCGGCGCGAGGAGGGGCGUCUCGGAAAGCGCCCUGCCGCGGGGCCUCGGCCGCCGGGCCCUGAGCGCCUUGGGCCCCUCCACAAAUCUAAAGAUUCUCCUUGAAAGAGACUUAUCAAAAGAGCGUCACGAGUUGCUAAAGGAUCAAAGACUGUUUCGUAACCGAGCACGAAAACAUUUUCUAGAAACAAAUAAAAGGAGGAGAGCACUUGAAGAAAAAUGGAAAGACGUUGAAGAAAAAGAACAAAAAUUCAGAGAACAAAUUUUGCUGCAGAGGAAACUGAAACAUCAGGAAGCAACUGAAAGGUUCCAGCGUGGUCAUAUUCCACUUUCGCAACGGAAGAAAGUAGAAGUGCAGAGAAAACCAGAACCUAAAUUAGAUGAGGCUUUUAAGAAAAUUCAAGUAACAGGAUUACAUUUGUCACCAUCCAAAGUCAUUGGAAGAGCUGCUGACACAACUUCCUCAGCUACUAGAAAUGAUCCCUUUUCCUGGAAACAGAGCUCAGUGAAAGCUGGCUGUGAUAGGAUAAUGCAGGAAAACAGUGGUUCAAACCCGGACAAUUCCCAGCUUCUCUUCCAACAAAAUCUGAAUGAAAUGCAGCAGCAACUACAAGAACAACAUUUCAGCAACCUUCAGGAUUUUCAUCAAGAAGUGAAUGAAAUAGCCCAUACAGAAAGUGUUUGCAGCGUGGACAGUCUUGAGGCUGCAGAACCAAAUGAAGGUUGCACAACACCUAGUGAAACAUCUUCUUUAUCUGCACAGUUGGACUCCUCAGUCCACAAUUCAGAGGAAUUACAGACUAGAAAUAAAAGUUUCUCUGAUGAAACUGACAUGACACUUUCUAAAAAUCAGCAUGUAAAUAAUUGGCUUACAAAUUUAAAUACCUCAAAUUUUCAGACAACCUCCCCCUUUCGUGAUAUUUUAAUAAAAUACAAUGUCAUACCUUCUGACGAGGACACAUGCAGUCCUGAUCAGAAAUCAUUUGUUCAAAGUAGGUCUGAACAAAGAGAGACUGCAAGAGAUGCUUCUGAUGAGAAUCUAACCUUUGCACAAAAUGAAAGAGAAGAGAAAAGUUUUCUGUCAAAACGUCCGUCUUCAGGCACAGAGGGUCCUGUAGCUACUGACAGCCCGGUACACGAAAUAAACAAAGCUUGGGCUGUCCCUGAUCCUUCAGUUGUUUCACUACAAGAGAGAAAUUCUCAGCUUCCCCAGAACAGAACCUCAUCAGCACAAGUCUCCUGUCAACAAACAGCAACCCCUGUGGUAUUUCCUACUGCCCCUUACAAUAACAGCUUCUCAAUUAAUUGCAUGGAGAAGGGAAAUGAUCAUUCAGCAAGAUGUACUGAAGAUAUAGACUGUGUGGCAAAUGCUAAACAUGAAAAGGUUGUAGCAUCUUUGUUUGAAGAGAUGUGUAAAGGCUGUAUAAAUCAACAGAACGCUAAUGGAGAUAAUGAAAUGACUAAAAAUAGUUUAUCUAUGUCUCAUGAAGAUUCCACUGCUAAUUUAUCUGAUCUUGACCAACAAGGGAACAACUCCAAUGAAGAAAAAGUAGUGAAAUUUCCAAAAAGCAUAUUGAAAAAAGAAUCUAAGUAUGAACUUAGCAAUUUCAAGGCAGUGGUUGUCAACAGGGGGGUCAGAUUUGGGACUCAGCCUGUGAUUCCUAGAGACAGUAUUGAAUUGGCAAAAAUGAAAGGGAAAGAUGCAGAGCAAAAGAACUAUAAAAAACUUAGGUGGUUUGAUGAAAUUAACAGAGCAGUGGGUGAUGAAAAGCAUUCAGAACAGAAUAUCAUUGAAAUACCUCAUGCACAGCCCAGAUCACCUGGUUCUCAAAUUAGAGCUGCCACUUCUAGAACUAAUGUUAGAAGCAUUCCCGCUUGCACUCUCAAUUCUGUUUUUCCAGAAUAUCUCCAGGAGAAUUCCCAGGCAUCUGCAAAAAUUGCUAGUGUUAAAGACUCAGAUAACGGGAUGCAGAAUGCUUUUGUAUCUAAAGGAUAUCAUGUUGCUAGACAAGCAUGGAUGGCGCCAAGAGGUGAAGAAAUACCCCUAAUAUAUAAUUGUGAACUAAAAAAUCCCAAAAGCAAUCCAUGUAAAAGUAGAACGAAACUGAUCAAAAGACCAAAAUCUGCCAAAGCCACAUCAACUUUCACAACUAAAAACCGAAAGGGCACCAUUAUCCGACCACAGUCUGCUAGCGAAGCCACAAAGGUUAUGAAAACUCAGGGCAAAAUCAUGGCACCUCACCCACCAAGUAAGCCCAUACCAGGCAAAAAAAUGGAUGAAAAUCCAGCAGACAGUGUGUCUCAGUCAGGAAAUCUUUGGAAAGCUCACACAGAUACUGAAAACAGUCAUUUCUUGCCUGAAGGUCAAGAUUUAUGUUCAGAUACUACAGAUUCGCCAUCUUCAGGUACUGCUUGCAAUUCACAGGUGGCCACUAUGCGACCUUCGUAUAGCAUAUUUACCUAUGAGCUGUUGAGGAAGAAAAAGGCUACUGGUCAAGCAGUUGCCCGGUGCAACAGCUUUCCAAAAGGAAACUCUGUGUACUCAGAAAAUGGAUUAUGUCGAGAUCGCACACCAACCGAUGAAGAAAUCACAGUUUUGUGGCAAGGAGUGCAUCGUGCACUGGCUCAAAAGGAUGGUGCUGCUGGAGAUUCACAACAUGGUGUUACACUCUGUAAUAAUUCAAAUAAUGGUGACUUGCAACCCACUAGAACUAAUGUGGCUCACAUCACAAUUGAUGGUGGCAAUCUGAUGGGCAGUAUUAAAUCAGGUGUCAGAGUGAAUCCAAUAUUUGCUUCUCCACCAAGCACUACUUUUGCCAUGACAAGACGAAAACAAAGUAUUGAAAAUAAUGAAAAUAAACGCAAGGCUCUUUUAGAACAGAGGAGACAAAAGGCAGCCUCUGCAAUAUGGAAGCCCACUAGUGUCGUACAGAAUACGACACAAACUGUGAAGCGAGGACCACCUCAUUGUGCAAAUGAUAUAGUGCAAGCCAUGGGUGGCAUCAGUAAUUCUGAUGAAGUUUCAGACAGUACUACACAGUUUAUGCUGGCAGAAAACUUAGCAAACACAUCAGCUACAGAAAGUGACAUCUUGAUUGAUUUGGACACAGUUCAACCAUACAAACAGACUACAGUGCUAAACAGACCUGCACGGCAAGGAAUGAGUGCAUUGUCAUUUGAAGAGCACAAAGUUCUUCAGUCACUCGACCGCAUUAAUCAAAAGCUACUUAAUGUCCAUGAAACCAUGAAAAAAAUACCAUCCUCCACAAAUGUUUUACAGACUCUUUCCCCUUUGGUCGCAUCUCCCUCAUACAUGGACAUCAUCCCUACCAUGCAGAGAUACAAGAGCACAUCAGGUGACCCUCGAAACCUAACGCAGAGAAGAUACUGAUUUGGUCUAACAGAGGCUAUUGAACUGGGAUCUAUUUUAAUAUAUUCUCAGCUGCUAUCUUUGUAACAUAAUUAUUUGCAACAUGCCUUAAAUGCUAUUAAAAACAACUCAAACAAAAUAAAAGAUGUAACGCAAGUAUUGAUUGCUUGUUACCUAGUUUACCUUUAGGGCAAAAUAUAAAUUUUUUAAUAUGCACUUUAUUGUAAAAUAUAUUGUAUUUUUUUAAAAGAAUGGAAUACCUCACUUUUAAAUGAGUGCUGUUGUUUAUAAAUUUACUGUACAUUUUUAAUUAAAAAGAAAUUAUUUUGCUAUUGAUUAAAAAUUAUGUAUAAGUUCAUCUCCCAACUUUAUUGCUUUCAUUAACUGCUAAUAAAUUUCUACUACAUUUGUAAAAGGUA